UAAUUAACACAAUAAUGAUUACCGAAGGAGUGUUAGAAAAGUUAAAAAGAAAGAAAAAUAAAAAACCAAAGAAACAGAAAUGUUGGUGGCAAAAGACUCAACGAUGAUGAAGCUCUUCGGGAAUACGAUCCCGGCACCGGAGAUCCCCGCCGGAGCUCCGGCAUUUUCUUCUGGUGAUGUUUUUGGUGACAGUGUUGGUCAGAACCGUGGUUCUUCAAGUGUCAAUGGGGAUGGUGAAGAACACGAGAUUCAGCAGGACAUAAUGGGAGAGGAAACAACUGAGAGUAAGAAGGAAGAUGAAGUGACCAAUCUUGAUACUGUCUCAAGAUCAGGGGAAGGGUCUAUUAACCCCUCUACCGAGAAGGAGGAUCUUACAUUGAAAACUUCAAAAAAGACUGAGCAAGAACAAGGUGAAAAUUCACAAAAUAAAACACUGAGAAAGCCGGACAAAAUACUGCCUUGCCCCCGCUGCAAUAGCAUGGACACCAAGUUCUGCUACUACAAUAAUUACAAUGUCAACCAACCCCGUCAUUUCUGCAAGAAUUGCAUGAGAUACUGGACUGCUGGUGGAGUGAUGAGGAAUGUUCCUGUGGGUGCUGGUCGCAGAAAGAACAAGAAUUUUGCUUCGCAGUAUCGUCAUAUAACUGUUCCUGAAGCAGCACUCUCGAGUUCCCAGCCGGACUUGUCAAAUGGAGUCAGUAAUCCUUCCUUGAACUGUAAUGCCACACUCCUUGCAUAUGGGUCUGAUAGACCCUUGUGUGAAUCAAUGACAUCUGUUUUGAACCUUGCUGAUAAAGCAGUGAACAAUUCCACAACAAAUGGAUUUAAUGGCUCUGAAGAACUAGAAAUUCCUGUUACUUAUGUUGGUGGAGAGAAAGUGAAUGAUGAUUCCAAUAAAUCUUCUGACACGUCAACGAAGCCAACGAAAGGUGAAACCACCAAUAGGUCCCAAGAACAAGUCAUAGAGAAUUGUCAUCCCUUCCCACCUCAUGUUCCCUACUUUCCUGGUGCCCCUUGGCCUUUCCCUUGGAAUCCAGCACCGUGGAACUCCCUGGUACCAUUACCACCUCCUUUUUUCCCACAAGGAUUUACCAUGCCUCUCUAUCCUGCAGCAGCUUAUUGGAGUCUUACUAUACCGGGUGCACGGAGCAUCCCAUGGCUAGCGCAACCAUCAUUACUGAAUACUACAGUGUCUAACUCUGGUCCUAACUCACUAACCUUGGGCAAACAUUCAAGGGAAGAAAACAUGCAUAAAUCAAAUGGGGUAGCAGUUGAGGAUGAACAUAGCAAGGAAAAUAAUAAAGAAAAGUGUCUAUGGGUUCCGAAAACAUUGAGGAUUGAUGACCUAGGAGAAGCAGCAAAAACCUCUAUAUGGACAACACUAGGUAUUAAAAAUAAUAAAGCAGACUUAUUUCCUGGGGGAGGACUCUUCAAAUCACUCCCAUCACAGGGUGGUGAAAAAAAUCGUGUAAUAAAAAACUCACCUGUCCCUCAUGCCAAUCCAGCAGCACUCUCUAGGUCAAUUAACUUUCAGGAGACCUCAUAAUCCUGUAGCUUAUAAUUUGUAAUUGUGUCUUGGAUGCAGCAGUAGAUGAGCCAACUGACAUGGCAGUAUUUCACUGUACUUGAGGAAGUCACAUAUUGAUUCACUAGCCAUUUUUUUUUGUAAGAGUUACGUCUUCUUGUUGGUCAACGGAAUAAAUUGAAACAAAUGUUACAGUUAGUUUUCCUUGCAUUUCUUUUAAGGAAAGAAGAGCCUUCUCUUUUGAGGGUAUCUCACAAUAGAUUGUGGCUCGACAAUUUUACUCCCCUUUUGUUUCGAUGCCUUUCUUAGUUCUUAUUUCUUGUACAUAGGUGAUUUUAUGUGGCCUAGAGAGACACAAUGUAUUUGUUUUCCAUGAUCUCAAUAUGCAUGUAAAUAAGAAUUAGAUU